AUGCGGACUCCAUUACGAGCAGCGAUAGCCGUUGCGUUGGUUAUAACCGUAUUUUUGGUGAAAUUUCACCUCGAUUCCAUCUUGCAAUGGCAAAAUGAUCCAAUCACUUCCAACCUCUAUGUUCUAGAUGGCGAUGCACAUAUCGAGCUGGUCUCAGCCCAUACUGCGACAUCCGCUUCACAUACCCAAACCCGGAGGAAAUGGUUCCCCACGGCCCGACCAACUCCUCGUCCACUGAUACCCAAUAAUUCUGAACCGAAGCGCAUCCCCGUCGACGUCCCCGGAGCUGAAUGGGCGGGGGAGCUAUUUUUCAGAUCUAGAGCGGCCCCCAAGUUCUAUGAUUCAGAGAGCUUAUUCGGAAAUCCCAAAAUACUCGCACCGGUAGAGCAUGGUAAUGUGAUGGCACCUUCGGCUACUGCUCCUUCUCAUCCAAAGGUCACUCCGAAAUCGGAUCGCGUAAUUGUUCUGGGGAAGAUGUCGUACGAAGACACUGACUGGCUUGAAGAUCAAUUGCCAGAAUGGCAACACGCAGUCUACCUCGUCGAUGACCCCGAAGCAUCUCUACAAGUCGAACAGAACAAAGGCAAAGAAAGCAGUGCCUACUUGCAAUAUAUUCUGGACAACUACGACGGAUUGCCCGAGUAUAUGGUCUUUCUUCACGCUCAUCAAUACAGCGGCCAUGUUGAAUUCUGGCAGCAGGACAAUGUGUUGACCGUCCAAAGACUGCAACUCGACUACCUUCGACAAGUUGGAUAUCUGAACCUGCGUUGCGACUGGAGUCCCGGAUGUCCAGAUGAGGUCCAGCCAUUCCGGCAAAUGGCUGGUCGCACUACUGAGCUUGCCUUUGCGGGUGCUUGGAUCCGUAUCUUUAACAACACUGAUGUGCCUGAGAUCGUUGCUACGCCUUGCUGUGCUCAAUUUGCUGUGACCAGGGGCCAGGUCCUCCAACGCCCACGGAGUGCCUAUGAAUCGUAUCAUCAUUGGCUUAUGACAACUGAGUUGGAUGAUGAGACCAGUGGCCGUGUGUUUGAGUACCUAUGGCACAUUAUCUUCGGACAGGAUCCCGUGUUUUGUCCUGCAAAAGCGCAGUGCUACAAGGAUGUGUAUGCCAUGGAUUAUGAGGAGUCAACUGGGGAUUUCUUUGAUGAUGACUUCUGGGGCAAUUGGAUCGAUGAGACACCUGCACAUGAAACACCUGUGCAUACGACACCUGCACAUGCAACACCUAGUGCAUGA